GGGGGAGAGGCGGAGCUCGGCUGGCAAGAUGGCGCCGUCCACGUUGCUGCGCCGUUUUUCCGGGUUGCUGGCCCCGGCUCGGCUCCCGAGCGGCCUUUUAGCUCGGUCGAAGUUCUACGUUCGCGAGCCACCGAAUAGCAAGCCUGAUUGGCUGAAAGUUGGACUCACUUUGGGUACCACAGCCUUCCUAUGGUUCUAUCUCAUCAAACAACAUAAUGAAGAUGUUUUAGAGUAUAAAAGAAGAAAUGGGUUGGAAUAAACUAUUGAAAGACCAACAUAGUAUGCUCCAUAUAGUGAUUACAGCAGUUCCUCUGGAUUCACCAAUCUUUUGAUUGUAAAUGAGAGAAAAAAAGUUAUAUGUGAAUAUAUAUUGUCAGCAUUUGUGUGUUGCAUCAAGUGAAAAAAUAAAAAUACUUUUGUAUUCUUCAGAUAAUGCAUAUUGUAAUAACUAGCAGAAAAUGUUAAUUCUAAGGUGUAGUAUUGGAAGUAUUACAAUAUGGAAGGUACAUUGUGUUAAAUGUGCAAGUUGAAAAAUUUAAUCAAUAAACAAAGUUCAGUGUAAAUU